AUGGAACACCCCCCUGCUUCCAAUAUGGAAGCCCAACUUGAACGACUAGCUCCAAAGAGCCAAGAGCUAUUUGCUUUUGAAUGGACAGACAUUGAUGGGGGUAUCAAUGGACAACUUACUUGGACGAGACUGCCGCAGGGAUUCAAAAAUUCUCCCACCCUGUUUGACGAAGCUCUACACGAAGACUUGGGUGAGUUCAGGCAAAAACAUCCCAACCUAACCUUGUUACAAUAUGUAGAUGAUCUCCUUAUAGCUGCAGAAAACCGGGAUGAAUGUAUCCAAGGAACAGAAAAUCUACUCCAGACACUGGGCACCUUGGGAUAUCGGGCGUCAGCAAAGAAAGCUCAAAUCUACAGACCCGAGGUAACGUACUUAGGCUAUCUCCUAAGGGAAGGUAAACGAUGGUUGACCCCAGCCCGCAAAGAAACUGUUUUAAGAAUCCCAAAACCCCAGUCCCCACGCCAAGUAAGGGAAUUCCUCGGGUCGGCUGGCUUCUGUCGACUCUGGAUUCCAGGGUUUGCGGAACUAGCAAAACCACUGUAUGAGGCCACAAAAGACAAGCAGCCUUUCAAUUGGACAACAGAAGCAGAUACAGCAUUCCAACAAAUCAAGGAUGCCCUAUUGUCAGCCCCAGCUCUGGGGCUUCCUGAUGUCGUUAAACCGUUCUCCCUCUAUAUAGAUGAAAGUAAAGGGAUAGCAAAAGGAGUCUUAACUCAAUACCUAGGCCCCUGGAGGAGACCAGUAGCAUACCUGUCAAAGAAACUGGAUCCAGUGGCUGUGGGCUGGCCCCCAUGCCUACGUAUGAUUGCAGCCACAGCCCUAAUGGUAAAAGAUGCUGAUAAAUUAACAAUGGGACAAGAAUUACAUGUGAUCACUCCACACGCUAUUGAAGGAAUCCUGAGACAACCUCCAGAUCGGUGGCUCAGUAAUGCUCGGCUCACACAUUAUCAGAGCCUAUUGCUUAAUCCUCUCAGAAUUAUUUUUCAGGCACCCUCAGCCCUCAACCCUGCUACAUUGCUUCCUGACCCUGACCUGGACUCACCUAUACAUGACUGCUCGGAAAUCCUAGCCCAGGUUCAUGGGCUUAGAGAAGACCUGCAAGAUCAUCCACUGUUUGAUACAGAUGCAGUAUGGUUCACAGAUGGGAGCAGCUUUCUACAUCAGGGUCAAAGGUAUGCGGGUGCAGCAGUAGUGACUGAGACAGAGGUAAUUUGGGCUGAGCCCCUACCAAUGGGCACCUCUGCCCAGAAGGCAGAACUGAUAGCCAUGACUAAGGCACUAACGUUGGGAAAAGACAAAAAAUUGACUGUAUACAUGGACAGUCGUUAUGCCUUUGCAACUGCCCAUAUCCAUGGGGCUAUCUACAGGGAAAGGGGAAUGCUGACUGCAGAAGGGAAAUCUAUUAAAAACAAGGAGGAAAUUGUGUCCCUGAUAGACGCCCUCUGGUUACCAAAAAAAUUGGCUAUCGUACACUGCCCUGGGCAUCAAAAACCAUCUGAUCCAGUAUCCAGGGGCAACUGCUUAGCAGACCAGGUGGCACGUAACGUAGCCCUCCAGAGAGACUUGAUCACGGUUGCUCAACUCCCAGACUCUGGCCCACGAACCCUCCCAAAAGACCCAACCUACACGGAAGAGGACUUAUCAUGGAUUCACCAACAACCACUAGCCCAAUGCUUAGAUGGAUGGUGGAAAGACUCUGAAAAUCGGAUAAUACUUCCAGAACUGAUGGGGCAAAAAGUGUUGUGCAGGCUCCACCGGACCACCCACAUGGGGACAAGGAAAUUACAGGACUUGGUGCUACAAGCAGGAAUAAAAAUUAAAGGUGUGCAAAAUAAGAUAGAACAAAUUGUCAAAAAUUGCAGAGUUUAUAAGUUAACAAAUGCUGGAUAUAGCAAGUGUGAAUCAGGAAAUAGAUUAAGGGGGGAUAGGCCAGGAGCAUAUUGGGAAGUUGAUUUCACUGAAGUAAAACCUGGAAGGUAUGGGUAUAAAUAUCUAUUAGUUUUUGUAGAUACUUUUUCAGGAUGGGUUGAAGCAUUCCCCACCAAGCGGGAAACGGCACAGACAGUGGCUAAAAAGAUCUUAGAGGACCUCCUGCCAAGGUAUGGAUUUCCUGUGACUGCAGCUCCAGUUUUUGGAGUCACCAACUUUAGCCCAUAUCAGCCUUAUGAAAUCACCUGGGAGAUAUCAAACCCAACGGCAAAAGUUCCCAGCUUGACUGUGACUGAACACCACCCUUUAUGGACAUGGUGGCCUGAACUGCAAGUAGACCUUUGCACUUUAGCAAAUGGGGCUUUUUCAGUGGGAACAGGCACUAUCAGUGUUGACGAAGGAUUACAUCUAAGUAAGCGGGCCCUUACAGAUACAGUUAGUGGGAAAACAAGAAACUUUAACUGUGCUCAUACCCAUGGGAGGGAAGAACUUCAACGCCUCCCCUUCUACGUAUGUCCUGGUUAUUCCCACCAGAAAGAAUGUGGAGGGGAGGAAUCUUAUUUCUGUGCUAAGUGGGGAUGUGAAACUACAGGGCAGGCUUAUUGGAUAAAAGCCUCUCGGGACCUGAUUGAAGUCAAGCGAGGAAAAAAAACAGUUUCAUGUAAUAAUAGGUGUAACCACCUCUCCAUCACCUUUACUGAUAAGGGAAGGCAGGAUAAACAGUGGAUGAGAACCCGAUCCUGGGGGUUGCGCCUGUAUGCUGAGGGACCUGAUAUGGGGAUAGUGUUCACUGUUCGGAUGGUUAUAAAGUUUUUCACCCAGCCCUUAGGGCCUAACCUUAUUUUACACCCUCCAGCCCAAAGAGUUCCAGUCAUUCCCCCCACUCGAGGUCCGAGAAUUAUUAAAUUAGUUACUAGCCUCCCAAAUACCCCACAACCGACCACCCACUCCUUAAGUACCCCCUACUUAAGAACUAACCAACCCCAUACACAGUCAAUUGUGGAUUCAAUUCUAACGGAAGCUCAUCCCCUUCUGAGCCUUUUGUCUCGGUCCUUCCUAGUGCUCAAUGCCACCUAUCCCAAUUGGACCAGGUCCUGCUGGCUCUGCUAUGACACUGUUCCCCCUUAUUAUGAGGGAGUAGCAGUGCAAGCGCAUGUUACUACCUCCACCAAGCUCCAGGAUUGCCGCUGGCGAUCUACACAGUCCCUAACCCUAGAACAAGUGUCAGGGCAAGGGCUCUGUUUAGGAGCAGUGCCCUAUGCCAGCUGA